GGCCCUUAGAGCACCCAGGCUUCUGGGCUUUGUGGCCAUGGUGAGGCGCCCCUCUCCCAAAGCCCUGAAGACCACAGUGUCCUCCCUGACUCCUGUCCCAAGGGGCCCAGUUGGGCUUCUCAGUGCAGCUGGGGGAUGCCACUGUCCUGGGAGCCUCAGACCUCACUGGAGGCCUGGGGGCUGACAAGCAUCUCUCCUGAGAAGCCCCAGGCAGCAGGGAGGUGGGAGGAGGCGGAUCUUUACUCCUUCCUGGGGGCAGUUAGGGAAACGCGGUUGUUCAAGCUGCUUUCAUGGGGCUAACAUGCCGCCUGAGCUGGCUACUUCAGGGUCGAAGCAACCCUCUCUCCUGUUUGAUCUUCUUGAUUUAUUUCAAUGUGCACAGUCUUUUUUCAUACCUGUGGGAAGCCACCUGAUUUUCUAGAAGGAUGACCAGCGGUUUGAAGGAAGUGCCCAGCUGACUGCCUACACGAAUUUCCCAAAUGAUCGAUCCUGAGCGCAGUCAGACCUGCUGCUGACUAGCCAAGCAUUUUCCUCUCGGCCUCGGUUUCUUCAUCUGUAAAUGGGGGUGAAGCCGGGAUUCCAGACUGGAUCCAUCCGGCUCCUGGGCUCUAGGCUUGGAAGGCCCAGUGUUUACCCUGUGGAUAUUUUGGAAGAUGACCCUGAAAGGCAUCGGGAAGCAGCCCUGGCUUACUAUGCCACGCUUAGGGAAGGGAUGCAGCCCUCAGAAGAGCUUUUCUCUCUUCCCACAGGGGAGCAGGUUAAACUUGAAGCCUCGUCUGUUUGCUUUUGCACUGUGCACCGUGAUGAACCUCAACAUAAAAUAUUAGUCUUGGUUAAUCCCCAGGACACGAAGACAGUGGUGGCUGUGUACAUAAAGGAGUCCUGGUGGCCCACCGAAGACGUCCUACGAACCUCUGAUCCUGCCAGAGAAGGUCUCUUGAAGGUUCAGUCAUUUGGGGAAAGGAUUGUGCUUUUCAUUCUAAAUGUCGUUAUUUUUGGAAGACUGGAGAGAAAUUUGGAUGACCGAGACAUGUUUUUUUUACCUCACUCUGUGAAGGAGCAAGCAAAGAUUCUGUGGCGGGAUGGGUCCGCUGUUGGAUUUUACACGACCAAAAGGAAAGGCAGCCUGUGUGGUGAUGGCACGGGUGCGUGCUACCUGCUGCCUGUCUUCGACACCGUGUUUGUCAGGAGGAUGUACCGUCGCCAAGGCCUGGGCAUGGCCAUGCUGCAGGACUUCUGUGAGACGUUCCGAGAGGAUGAAGCCCUGGGCGUCAGUUGGCCGAUUUCUCCUGCUAUGUACCAAGUCUGCAGGAAGUUCCUGUUGGCCCAUCCAGAGGAGCGCGGACGCCUGUGGGAGGUGGAACCCCCGGGAGCCUGGGGCCAGCGGGGCAGCAUCUGGCUGAAGGUUCGCCUGCAGCAGUCACGACCUCCAGACUCUCACCCAGGAGAUGCCAAGGACGAUAUGAGCAGUCAAGGGCAGACUACUCCAGAUGAGGGGCCUGGACACUCCGAAGAAGGCAAGAAGGAGAGGACCCGUGGAGAAUGGGAAGAGAGAAAGAGCGAUCAAGACUGCGGAGUGGAAGAAACAGCAGCGGGGUGGCUUGGAGGAGCCUGUGGGGCCCAGCCGGCGGGGAAGGAGGCCAAGAGGACAGCGGUGGAGGCAGGGCUGGCCUGGGAAUCCCAGCAGAAGCACCUGCGGCCCAGCUUCUGACUCCUGGGGGCAAACCCGAGCCUCCUCGAGGGGCCUGUCUGGGCUCUGGGGGGCACGGGCGUGAUCGCUGCCUCCAUCACUCCCUGCUCGCGCACCCAGCAGCUGGCCUCUGCCCUUGCUGCGUUGUCCUUUGAGGAGAAAGGGACGGCACAGACCCUGCCCACCUCAGGCUUGUUUUGUGGGCUCAGGUGAUAGAAAGCCUAUAAAAGUGCUUUAUUCCUCAAGCACAGAGAUCUAAUAAGCAGGUACAAGCAGCCGUUUUCCUGGGCUCAGAUCUCAGAAGUGUGUUUGUUAAACCUAAUACAGUUUCUGUUACCUGGGGUGAAUUGGUAGAGACUGUGCUAGAACCACGCGGAUAUGCCUCUUUCUUAAGCGCAGUGAAGCUCCGAGAAGGGCUGCGCCUGUUCUGGUCUGCGCUGCAGAAAGCUGUCUCAGGUUUACCCCUUCCCCCCAAACCUGCUCUACCCCAGACGUCACUGUGAGACCACAGACACCAGACGGGUUUCUAGGGAGACUCGUUUUUUUUUUUUCCAGAGAAGCUUCAGCUGGAGCGGAAGCUCCCCGAGGACGGUGGCAGGGACUGCCUGGUGCACACCGUUCCUUAGUGCCCCGCCCACGUCUGGCCUAGUAUACAGGAGGUGCUCAAGGUGGCCUUCAGGUGGGCAUCAGGAUCUUAGCCGUCACCUCAUUCAGAGGGGAAGCCACUGGAGCAGAUAUUGUGCUGCUGGCCUUUAGACAGCGUUUGGUGCCAUGAGGUCAAGGUGACUGUGCAGCUUAGUGUCCGCUGCCGCUGUGACAUUGGCCUCCGCUGCCUGCACCCCCUGCACUCAGGGAUUCGAAGCUGAGCCAAGGACCGUGCCCAUAAGGCCCUGGUGAGGACAGGCCAGGCAGGCCUUCCACAGGGUCAGGGGCAGUGUGGGCUGCUUCCUGAGGCCUGGGGCCUGCGGCCUGCUCCCCGGAAGUUGCUGUUCUCUGCAGUUGGCCGAGUCUCACUGAUGCUCAGUAGGAUUCUUAACCUAACCAGCCUGGGUCAGCCCAGUCCCAGCCCCUACUUGCGGGUGAAUGGAAGUCUGAUCUCCUCACUGGGCACACCCCUCUGAGGCUGAGCACUGUGUGGAGCACCUGGGGCGCUGCCGACUGCUCCCAUCUCUCGGCCGGCCUGCCUUGCCUUCUGUAUCCCAGCUGCCUGGGCUGUCUCAGACGCGCCUGUGCUCUUGCUUCGGGGUCAGCUCUCACACACUUGCUCUGCCCUGGGCGUGUGCCUUUCCCUCCGUCCCUCUUCCUGUCUUCCCGUCUUUCUUCUCGUCCUCCUCCUCCUCUGUCUCUCCCUCCUUCCCCAACCCCACCUUUGUGCGCACACACACACACACACACACACACAGCUCGUCAGUCAGGCUGACAUCUAGUCUCAGCUUAGGUGUCCGUUCCUGACCACCUUCUCCUCUCCUUCCCACGUGACCUCAAAGAACUGGGCACUCAGCUCUGAUUUCCAUGAGCCACCCACAGGGUCAUCCCUGGGCCGCCUCCGUUGCCCCGUGUGUCCUCAGUGCCCGUGUAGAGCCGGUCCUCAGUAACUGUGGGGAAUGAAUGGUAACAGAUCACCCCGGGGGUCAGGGGUGACACCUUCCUUCUGUUCCUCUGUGGUUCGACCCUGGAGAUGGCUGGAGACCAGUUUCAGCUCUUUGGGGGUAUAGUAAAGCCCCUCCUGGAGCCUGGGGUUGGAGAGGAGGCCCCCAGCACCCUGUGCUGACAAGGUACUGAUGUUUCCCUGAGUGGUCAGAGGGCACACUGGAUGGGACCUAUUACUUACUCACUCCUCCGUCUCUCUGUCCAUCCACCCAUCUACCCAGCUGUCAGCCCGUCCCUCCAUCAUCUGCCCGCUUGUCUCUCCGUCCAUCAGUCCACAUUUGUCCAUUCACCUGCGCAUCCAUUCAUCUGAUGGACUCAACUGUCCGUCUCUCCACAUCUGUCCGUCCACCCCUCUGACCAUCUGUUCAUUCUUCCAUUCAUUUGUCCAACUACCCACCUGUCUUUCCAUCCGUCCUGACAUCUAUCCAUCCAUCUGUCCGUCCGUCCGUCCAUCCAUCACAUCCACCUACCUACAUGUCUGUCCAUCCAUCUGCCCACAUCGGCCCGUUUAUUUCUCCUUCCAUCCCUCUCUCCAUCCAUCCAUCCUGAUGUUCACUAAAUAUUCAGCAUGCUUGCUCAGGAUUGAUCUCUGUGCUGGGCACGGGGGUUAUAUAGAUACGUGAAAGGUGUUUACUGGACUCAAACCCUUCUCUCUGGAAGGUUCUCUUCUAGAGUGUUCUCCUGGAGUUGUUGUCUGUCUUUCACCCGUUCGAAAGAGGGAAGAGUCCAAUGGAAAGAAGCAGAGUUUAGAGCUCCAUAGGGAGACCUCAUGAAGUCCCCCAGUGCAUGUGGGCCCCUUGUGAAGGAGGCACAGACCAUAAAAGUGGACUCUGCACCCAAGGGGUGCUCUAUGGCAGACACGAUCUUCAAUGUGUGACUCAGUGUCUUCUGUGAACUUGGCACUGUUCUGGGUGAGUGGCUGGUGCUUUGUGUUUAUAUGGAAAUGAACUGAUGAAAAUGUCUCAGGGGUUUGAUGAAGUCACUGUUCAAUAAAAGCAUCCUCCCGAGGGAGAAGAACUAA